GGAAAAUGGGGUUUUGGACGUUGUUUGGGGUGGCAUCCAUGCCGAUAUUGCAGGUGUUGUUAGUAAGUGCCAUUGGUGCCCUCAUGGCUACUGAUUAUCUCAAUCUUCUUUCCAUCGACACCCGAAAAUCACUUAAUAAGGUACCUAUGAAUCAAUGUUUCACGUUUUCAGACUAUAUAUAUAUAUACUUGUGGUUUAUGCCAAUAAAUAUUGGAAUCACAUUUCUUGUUGGAGGAACACUGGGGUGGAUAGCAGCAAAACUAAUUAAACCAAAGCCACAUUUGGAAGGCCUACUCAUAGCUAUGUGCUCCACAGGAAAUCUGGGAAAUAUUCUGUUGAUAAUUGUCCCUGCAAUCUGCACAGAAGGUGGCAGCCCUUUUGGAGAACAUAGUGUCUGUAAGUCCAAGGGACUCUCUUAUUCAUCUUUCUCCAUGGCGUUGGGCAGUCUGUGYAUUUGGACGUACACUUUUCAGUUGAUAAAAAGCUCGUCUUUAAGGUAUACCGCAUUCAUAAAACAAGCAGAAGAAUCACCACAGGAACCCAACAAGGACCCGGAUUCAAAUGAAAACACUCGUCUUCUCAAUAAUGGAGAACGAACCCAAGAAUAUAUCGAUGUACUCGUGCCUUCAUCAUACUCCAUUAGUGACGUCCAACCCAGUGUACACCAUGAAUCAGUGAGGAAGGAGGAGAAAAAAGACGCAUCGUUGUCAAGUAAACUAGUAGAUAUAUUCCACAAAGUAUUGAAGGAACUAUUGGCUCCUCCUACCCUUGGUUCUAUUGUAGGAUUGAUUUUUGGGGCAACCCCAUGGCUGAAAAAGCUUGUGAUUGGCGAUGAUGCUCCAUUACGAGUAAUCCAAGAUUCCGCCACGCUACUUGGGGAUGGAACCAUACCUUGCAUAACUCUUAUACUUGGAGGCAAUCUAAUACAAGGUUUUCGGAGGGCGAGCAUAAGACCGGUUAUCAUCAUGACGAUCAUCUGUGUGCGAUACGUGAUUCUUCCCUCAAUUGGAAUAUUGGUGAUCAAAACAGCUUCUAGUCUGGGAUUACUUCCUGUGGAUCCCCUCUUCAGUUUCUUGCUAUUGAUUCAAUACACCGUGCCCCCUGCCAUGAACAUCAGUACGAUGACCCAAUUGUUUAAUGUGGGACAAGAGGAGUGUUCAGUGCUUACGAUGUGGAGCUACUUGGCUGCAGCAUUUGCACUGACUGGAUGGUCAACAGUCUUCAUGUGGAUCUUGGCAUAAUUUUUUUGUAAUUUCAUUUUAUGUAUUAUAUAUAUGCAUUAAUUAAUUAAUUAAUUCCCAGUGUAGGUAGGAUCAAUAUCAAUUUGUUUAUAAUUCUUUCUUAGAAAUGAAGGUGUAACACAUGUAUGUAUGGUUACCACUUAGUUUGUUGUAUAACCACAUGCGGUCGAAGCUCGCGUAUUGUC